AUGGGAAGUCACGACAAUGUGUGGAUUCACUUCAAAUAUGAGAGGUUACCACAGUUUUGCUAUUGUUAUGGUUUACUUGGGCAUGGUGAUCGUGAUUGUUUGCUAUGGAAUUCAAAUAAGGAGAAGUUUGAGUUGGAUGGAUUUCCUUAUGGCCCUUGGUUACGGGUUGGGGGGCCUUUAGUUCGCAGUAAAUUCAAAGGUGAGGUUAAACAGAACAUGAUGGAUGGAUCCUUGUUGGGUGAGGCAUCGCUAGGGGGGCAUGAUGGGUCUCCAUCUCCGGUGAGGUCCUUAGUUGGAUUGAAUUCCACAACUCCCCUGUCUCCCGUGAUCUCUGGUGCGAAUCAGCCACAAUUGGGAGAAACAUCGGCGCUGUUACGUGACUCAGUGGAGGUGGGUUUGAGGCCUAGUGUUGGUUUAAGUGGGCCUCAUAUGGAGCCCGGCCCAGCUCUAUCAUUUGUUGCCCUACCCGAUUCUGCUUUGUAUGAUGUUUCUAAUUUGCAACGGGGAAAGGGGAAAGUGCAGAAGCGGGGAGCACGAGUUCGGUGUGGGGCUUCACAGCGGGGAACAGCGAUUCCUUCCAAACGAAACCACUGCCACGCAAUGGAUGAAGUGGGGGGCUCGGUCUCUUUUGGCAUCGUGAGUGUUUCGGAUCUUGUUAACUCUUGUACUUGGAGACUAUCAGCCAUAUAUGGUCAACCUAUAACUCAUCUUAGACAUCAAACAUGGGAUUUAUUGCACCAUCUGAAAUCUAAGUCAGAUGAGUCGUGGUUGGCUUUUGGUGAUUUUAAUGAAAUUAUUUCUCAAUCUGAAAAGUUGGGUGGAAGGGUAAGGCCAUAUAGGCAGAUGCAUGAUUUUCGGUCUACUUUGGAUUAUUGUCAGUUGAAGAGUCUUGAUACAAUGGGUUCAAAUUUUACAUGGAGCAAUUUGAAGGAAGGGGGAGAUUUAAUACAAGAAAGAUUGGAUCAGUUUACUAGUACCAUUGAUUGGCUUGAACAAUAUCCUCGUUGCAAAAUCAGAAAUAUUCCUUUGUCUAUAUCUGACCAUAGUUGUUUGCUUUUGAAUACUAUGGAUAUGGGUUGUUCUGGUUCUAGUCCUGUCUGUAUAUUUAAAUUUGAGGCUAUGUGGGUAGGCACAAGGGAAUGUGAGACAACAAUUGAGAAAAUCUGGGAUAUGUAUAAAACUGCUCCUUUAGUUGAGACUCUGAAGCAUUGUGGGUCUGGUUUAAGAGAUUGGAGUCAUUCCCACUUUGGUAAUAUUCGGAGAGACUUGGAUGCUAAAAGGAGGAAACUGGCUUUACUUCAAGCCUCCCCCAUACCUUCCCACCAAGUCAUGUGUAAGUCCACUAAUCCCAUUGAUGUUGAUGUUGUGUUGAGUAGUGUGCAGCAGCAUGUUUUGGACUCUAUGGAUGAUGAUCUAACCAGGCAUUUCACUGAUAUUGAGAUUAGAAGUGCAGUAUUUCAAAUGCAAGCUCAAAAAGCCCCGGGUCUGAAUGGGAUGCUGCCAUUAUUUUUUCAGAAGUAUUGGCAUGUGGUGGGUGGAAAAGUACUGGGUACGGUGUUGCAGGUCUUAAAUACUGGUAUUAUGUCUACUGAUUUGAAUUUAACCCAUAUUGUGCUAAUUCUGAAGAAAAGACAGCUUGUGUUUUUUAAGGAUUAUAGGCCCAUCAGCUUAUGUAAUGUGGUUUAUAAAAUCAUUGCUAAGGUUUUAGCCAACCGUUUGAAGCUUGUGCUCCCUUCUGUUAUAUCACCAUCUCAAUGUGCUUUUAUCCCGGGUCGUCUUAUCACGGACAAUGUUUUGGUGGCUUAUGAGAUAGUGGAUGCUAUACGGAGGAGAAAAAGGGACAAAACAUGUUGUAUGUCGAUUAAAUUAGACAUGAGCAAGGCUUACGAUAGGGUGGAAUGGGUGUUCUUAGAGAAGAUUUUGUCUAAGAUGCAGUUUGCUCCUAACUUUAUUCGGUUACUUAUGAUGUGUAUCUCUACAGCUUCGUAUAAGGUUCUUAUUAAUGGUAUUCCUUCAUAUUUAAUUAUUCCGACUCGUGGAUUACGACAAGGCUGUCCACUUUCUCCAUACUUAUUUGUUUUAUGCGCUGAGGCUUUGUCUUCAAUGCUGCAACAGGCUGAAUCAAGUCAUUUGUUGAGAGGGGUUCGUGUUUGCAAUAGAGCUCCAUGGAUUAAUCAUUUAUUCUUUGCUGAUGAUAGCAUUGUUUUUUGUCUAUCUUCAGUAGCAUUAAAUGUGCAUUUGCAAAAUAUUUUGAAUCUUUAUGGGGCUGCAUCAGGGCAAUUGUUAAAUAUGGAGAAAACUGAAUUAUUAUUUAGCCGAAAUGUGGAUGGGGGAGUAAGGACUGCCAUUCAGGAACUUUGGGGAGUUAAUUCUAUCCAUUCUCAUGAUAGAUAUCUUGGACUUCCCUCAUUUGUAGGCAAGUCAAAACUAAGCACUUUUCGGGAUGUUAAAGAGAAGGACCUGGAAGCUUUUAACUUGGCUCUUUCAGCAAAACAAGGGUGGCGUUUACAAACCUAUACUAAUUCUCUGUUUUACCGGGUUUUCAAGGCUAAAUAUUUCCCACAUUGUGAUUUUUUAUCUUCCUCUAUUGGCUCUAAUCCUUCUUAUGUGUGGCGCAGUAUCUUUGAGUCUCAACCUAUUAUUCAGGCUGGUCAUCUGUGGCGUAUUGCAAAUGAUGAACAGGUGAAGAUUUGGAGGGAUAAUUGGCUACCGAACUCUUCUAGUAGGAGAAUAAUCAUCAUUUGUAAUGGCUUCAAUGCUGAUGCAUGUGUUAGUGAUCUAAUAGACUCGUCUUUGCCGGGAAGAUGGAAAACUGAUUUGUUGCAUCAGGUAUUUCUUCCUUUUGAAGCUUUGGAGAUUCUUAACAUUCCUUUAUUUCCUCAUUGGCCUGUUGAUAAAAUGGUGUGGGGUUGCACACGUAAUGGCCAGUUUAGUGUGAGGUCUGCCUACCAUUUAGUGCUUCAGUUGAGAAGUUCUGCUGCUGCUAAAAGUAGCUCUCUUGUAGGCUUGAAUACUGUUUUUUGGAAGAAUAUUUGGCAUCUAAAUCUUCCUAAUAAAGUUAAGAAUUUUUUGUUGAAACCUUGUACUAAUGGCUUAUCCACAAAAAAUCAGUUGCAUUAUCGUCGAAUAGUAGAUUCUGCUAUGUGUGAGUUAUGCUAUGUUGCUUCUGAGGAUGUGUUUCAUACACUUUGUAAUUGUCCCAGCAGUUCUAGUGUGUGGGGGAAAUAUUUUGGAAAAUAUCUUCAUCUUUUGAAUUCUUAUUCUCAGUUUGACAGCUUGGUUGAGGCUAUUUUGGAUUUACAUGAUCCCAGUACUAUUUCUUACUUUGCUAUUGUUUCUUGGGAAAUUUGGAAGUUUAGGAAUUUGAAGAUUUUUCAGAAAUCUUUAGAUACAGUCAGUGAUGUUGUGAAUGGCUACUUUUCUUAUGUUGAUUGUUUUUUGUUGGCUCGGCAAUGCAUGCAAGUGGUGCAGCCUCAAACUUUGUUGUGUUGGCAACCUCCUCCAAGUGGGCAGUUGAAGUUAAAUUUUGAUGGAGCCAUCUUUUAUCAGGAAUUAAAGUCUGAAGUGGGUGCUGUUUUGAGGGAUGACAAGGAAAGUAUGAUUAUGGCCAUGUCUAGAUUGGAAGAAGGCAUAUUGUUGGUAGAAGAUGUUGAGGCUAUUGCAGCCUUAAGGGCUUUACAAUUUAUUUCUCACUUGAUCUUGGAGGGAGAUUCACUUUUUAUAGUUGAAGCCAUUCAAUCAACUUCUAUUGUAGAGUUUAGUUACAGUCUUAUCAUUAGAGAGAUUAAGCUGUUGUUAUCUCAAUUCCAAUCUUAUGAUGUUCUACAUGUUGGACGGUAG